AUGGGGAUUCAGAAAAAGCAUGGCAAAGGCCGCCUUGACAAAUGGUACAAGCUCGCAAAAGAAAAAGGAUACAGAGCCAGAGCUGCGUUCAAGCUCAUACAACUCAAUCGAAAGUAUGGCUUCCUUGAGAAGAGCAAGGUCUUACUGGAUCUUUGUGCAGCGCCCGGAUCCUGGUGUCAAGUCGCUGCAGAAACCAUGCCAGCGAACAGCAUGAUAGUGGGGGUAGAUCUCGCGCCCAUCAAACCAUUACCAAGGACAAUAACCUUUCAGAGUGACAUUACUACGGACAAGUGCCGAGCUACAAUCAGACAGCAUUUCAAGACCUGGAAAGCGGACACCGUCUUACACGAUGGAGCCCCUAAUGUUGGCACGGCAUGGGUCCAAGAUGCAUUCUCGCAAGCGGAGUUGACUUUACAGGCUCUAAAGCUCGCCACAGAGUUCUUAAUCGAGGGUGGAACUUUUGUCACAAAAGUUUUCCGAUCCAAAGACUACAAUGCUUUGCUCUGGGUUUUCAAUCAACUGUUCACGAAAGUCGAGGCGACGAAGCCUCCAUCAUCCAGGAUUGUAUCCGCGGAAAUCUUCGUUGUGUGUAGGGGUUUCAAGGCGCCAAAACGAAUAGAUUCAAAGUUCCUCGAUCCUCGGUCUGUCUUUGCGGAACUCUCGGAUCCGACACCAAACAAUGAAGCCAAAGUAUUCAACCCGGAGAAGAAGAAGCGAAAGCGAGAGGGAUAUGAAGAUGGAGAUUAUACACAGUUCAAGGAAGCUCCUGCGAGCGAGUUCAUCCAAUCGACAGAUCCCAUUGCGAUGCUUGGAUCCCUGAAUAAAUUGACCUUUGAGCAGCAGAAGACUGGAGACAUCGCACUUGCUGCACUGGACAAGCUGCCGGAAACCACAGAUGAGAUUAGGCAAUCCUGUAUGGAUCUGAAGGUUCUUGGGCGCAAAGAGUUUCGAAUGCUACUAAGGUGGAGGCUAAAGGCUCGCGAUACAUUUGGCUUUCCAUCGAAGAAGUCCGGCAAGGACCUUGCAGGUGAGGAAGUCGCGGAGGUCGAACCCAUGGAUGAGGAGCUUCAAAUUCAAGAGGAGCUGCAGAGGCUCAAGGAGAACGAAGGUUCACGGAAGAAGAGAGAAAGGAGGCGGGAGAAUGAAAGGAAGCAAAAAGAGAUUGUGCGCAUGCAGAUGCACAUGACCACGCCGACGGAAAUUGGUCUGGAGCAAAGGGGUCCGAAUGGCGAGGACUCGAUGUUUGCGCUAGCGGCUGUGGACAAGGCUGGAGCGAUCGAGAAGGUUGCACGUGGCAAGAUGGCACUCCAGCUCCAAGCUAAACAGGCCUCGGACAAUGAUAGUGGUUCCGAAGCUGAAAGCGACGAAGAGGAGGAUAUAUUAGACGAAGAGUUGGAUGCCUUGUACUCCCAGUAUCAAGAACGGAAGUCCGAGUCAGACGCAAAGUAUCGUGUCAAGAAAGCAAGAAAAGAACACGAAGAUCGCGAUUGGGAAGGCUUUUCGGAUCAUGAAAAGAGCAGCGACGAGGACUUUGAACGAGACCAAAGCAGUAACGAAUCUUCGGCAGAGGAAGACGAACGUCAAGAUUCUCAAAGGCUCAUCUACCCGCAGAACGGCUUCGCCCAAGGACAGGCUGGUCUUACACGUCGAGCCGCUUUGUUUUUCGAGCAGGAUAUAUUCAAAGAUAUUGGCAAUCUUGGUGCGGAAGAGGAGAAUGACAGUGCCGUUCAUCUUGAGGACGACGAGACGGACGACGGCCCCAUCACUCAGGCUGUAAAGGCUCCCGCCAUCGAGAAAGAAUCCAUGAGAUUGAGCCAAUUACCAACCGCAGAAGCAACUCUUCCUGGUGCGACAGAUGGGCAAGACUCUGAGGAAAGCGAGGCGAGCGAAGACGAAGCGGAGACCAGACGAAAAGACGAUGAAAAUGAGACGGAAGGCGGCUUCGAAGUGGUGAAAGCAGGAGAAACUGAUUGGGAAACAGAAGGCGAGCCACGAAAGGACGGGCGUCUCGACAUUGACAUCAUAACGGCAGAAGCCAUGACUUUGGCACAACAGGUCGCCUCGGGACAGAAGUCCACGCAGGACUUGGUGGACGAUGGGUUCAACAAAUACACCUUCCGGGACACUGAUGGUCUUCCGGAAUGGUUCUUAGAUGAUGAGGGUAAGCACAGUAAACCGCAUCGUCCCAUAAGCGCAGCAGGUGCGGCAGCCAUCAAAGAAAAGCUUCGAGCUCUUAACGCUCGCCCAAUCAAAAAAGUCAGAGAGGCUAAAGACCGUAAGAAAUUCAAGGCUGCCCAGAGACUGGAGAAGCUGCGCAAAAAGUCGGCCCUGGUGGCAGACGAUGAGGGUAUUUCGGAGAAAGAUAAAGCUCAGAAUAUUGCGAAGAUGAUGAAUAAGGCUGCGAAAAAGAAGCCCCAACAACAGGUGAAGCUUGUUGUUGCCAAAGGCGGUAAUAAGGGCAUAUCAGGACGGCCACGAGGUGUAAAAGGCAAGUACAAGAUUGUUGACGCCCGACUGAAAAAGGAUGUUAGGGCAGAGAAGAGACUCGCGAAGAAAAAGCGUUAG